AUGAUUUCACUCGUCCUGUGCCUGGCCGUUCUGACUUCCUUUGGAGCAGCUACAGUUGUUCCUCCUCACAAUGAGGACGUUUCCACCAACACGAGGCAGUGGCAGGACCUUAGCGGAACUGCCCAGCAGUCGGUACUGUUCAAAAGGAUGAAUCGUGGCCAUGAUAAUUUUGACCCCUUUGAAAGUUUUGGCGGCUUCUUUGACCAUCAAAAUGACAUACCCAAUGCGCAGCCCAGCUCCGGGACAGCUUCGCAAUCUCGCUCGCAUGGGAUUCUCCCCGACGAGAGUCACAAUUCUCACGAGACAUACCUGCCAGCGGCGUGGGACAUGUCGCACUACCAGUCUUACGCCCAAUAUCCCUCAGAUUUCUACGCACAGGAUCCCUCUGAUUUUUACACCCAGAGCGACUAUUGGUCUCACGAUUCGCAUAUUCAACCUCAUGGUCAGGAUUUCCCUGAGACUCACAGUCCGCAACAUCUGUCUCACGACCAUGAUUCGACUGGGUCUGGCGACGAGAAGAUCAAAUCUAAAAGAAAAAGAAAGCAGCGCAGUGGAAAGCAGCGCAGUGGAAAGCAGCGCAGUGAGGCGUCCGAGCGCGACCAAAGCAGUCGGUCUAAGUGGAAAGCAUCUCAAGGUCCGUCUGAUCGUAAAGUUGCACAGCCGAAAUUCCCGGAAAAGGUCACCACGAGAGAACAGCUGGAAGUAGCUAUGACCUUCUACCGACACGAGCAAACGUUCAAGGAGACGAACAAUAAAAACGACCUUCUCCUCUUACCCGAAGAGGCGGCGGUAUUGUCUAAAAAGAUGAAGAAAUUGUGCCCCGAAAGGUGCUUCGUUCAAAACUGA